AUGACACGGGCAGAAAACCCUCCAGAUGCGCCGCCUGCUGCCGAUGCUGUCCGGGCUGAGAAGAAGCUGCAUGGACGGGCGUUUUACGAAAGCAUAGGGAGCCCCAAGCAUAUUGUAGCUCCCAUGGUGGACCAAUCCGAGUUUGCCUGGCGAAUGCUUACACGAUCUUUUCUCACGGACGAGGAAAAGAAGAAGAUGCUCGCCUACACUCCAAUGCUCCACGCUCGCCUCUUUUCUCAGGAAAGCAAAUACCGCAAGGCGCAUUUCCAGUCCACGAAACCAGACUCUGAGCAACCCUGGCUCGACGGCAACCCGUCCAUUGACCGCCCCCUUUUCGUACAAUUCUGCGCCAACGAUCCCGAGGCUCUUCUCUCUGCAGCAAGGCAGGUCAGUCCAUACUGCGAUGCCGUCGAUCUCAACCUCGGCUGUCCCCAGGGCAUUGCGCGCAAGGGCCACUACGGCGCAUUCCUCCAAGAGGACCAGGACCUGAUUUUCCGCCUCAUCAACACUUUGCACAGGGAGCUAUCGAUUCCCGUCACGGCCAAGAUUCGCAUACUAGAGGAUAAAGAGAAGACGCUGGCGUAUGCGCAAAACGUAUUGAAGGCGGGUGCGUCAAUAUUGACCGUCCACGGGAGGCGGAGAGAGCAAAAGGGCCAUGUGACGGGCGUGGCGGACUGGAAGAUGCUCAGAUUCCUGAGGGACAGUCUCCCCCCCGAGACGGUGAUAUUUGCAAACGGCAAUGUCCUGCAGGGCGGCGACAUUGACGAGUGCCUGGCGGCAACGGGCGCGGACGGCGUCAUGAGCGCCGAAGGCAAUCUCAGCAAUCCUGCGCUUUUCGCCAAGGACCCGCCUGUCGGCGAAGAAGGGAGGGAGUACUGGCGCGGCAAGGACGGGAGAGGCGGCUGGCGAGUCGAUGCCAUCACGCGUCGUUACCUGGAUAUCUUGCACAGAUACGUCCUGGAGGUCGAGCCGCCCUCCCGGCGACCCCUGUUUGUGCCGGGAGACGACACGGCCUGGAUGGAGGAGCAGUCACAGGAAGCUCAACAGGAUGAAGAACGCCCUCACAAGCGGCGCAAAAAGGGCACUGACGGCGGGAAACGCGGUGAGCCGUCACCGAAUCUGGUUGCUAUGCAGCCUCACCUGUUCCAUCUCUUGCGACACUUUGUCUCCAAACACACUGAUAUCAGAGACAUGUUGGCACGGAGUCGCAGGGACGGCAUCAUGGGGUACGAAAGGGUCCUAGAAGCGGUUGAGCGGCGAGUCGCAGAAGAAUUAUUAGACUACGAGGCUACGGAAGGCAAGGGUUUCCAAGAUGAACUGGAGAGAUUUGGGGAUGGCAAGGAUGACGAGGCCGAGGGGGAAAGCUCGAGGGCGACGGUUAGGAGGUGCAAGAGGCCCGUGUGGGUGGCGCAGCCGAUUGUGAGGCCGUUGCCGGCUGAGGCUCUGGCCAAGGGUGCGAUUAGUUUGAGCAAGAAGAAGCUCGAGGCCAAGGCCACGGGGGCCAGUGUUGUGACGGAGGUGACAAAUGGUUGUAAGCUAGAGGGAAGACAGAAGUGA